AUGUCCAACAUGAGGGUGAUUUACCCUCCUCACUCUGCUGCUUGCCCUCCUCCGCCCUCCCUCCCUUCUUCUUCUACUUCUCCUUCUCCUCCUCCUUCUACUUCUUCUUCUCCUUCUCCUUCUCCUCUUUCUCAUUGUCCUCCUCCUCCUCCUACUUCCUCUUCUCCUUCUUCACCUUCUCCUCCUUUUUCCUCUUCUCCUCCUUCUUCUUCUCCUUCUCCUUCUUCUUCUUCUCCUUCUCCUCCUUUUCCCUCUUCUCCUUCUUCUUCUUCUACUCCUCCUCCUUCUUCUCCACUUCUUCUUCUUCUUCUUCUUCUUCUUCUACUCCUUCUCCUCCUUCUACCCCAUCCUUCUUCUCCUUCCUCUUCUCUUCCUUCUUCUUCUCCUUCUUCUACUCCUCUUUCUUCUUCUUCUUCUCCUUCUCCCCCUCCCUCUUCUUCUUCUCCUUCUCCCCCUCCUUCUUCUCCCUCUCCUUCUCUUCCGCCCCCUCCUUCUUUUUCUACUCCUUCUUCUUCUUUUACUCCUCCUUCUCCUCCUUCUUCCCCUUCUUCCUCUUCUCCUUCUUCUGCUCCUUCUUCUCCUUCUUCUCCUACUUCUCCUCCCUCUUCCCCUUCUCCUCUUUCCCCUUCUUCCUCUUCUCCUUCUUCUCCUCCUUCUCCUCCUCCUUCUUCUUCUACUCCUUCUCCUCCUUCUUCUUCUUCUUCUUCUUCUUCUACUACUCCUUUUCUGCCUUCUUCUUCGACUCCUUCUCCCCUUUCUCAUUGUCCUCCUACUUCCUCUUCUCCUUCUUCACCUUCUCCUCCUUUUUCCUCUUCUCCUCCUUCUCCU